GCUUUCAGAUGCUAUACUCUGUGAACAACUGCUGCAUGACAGUUGCUAAUACUUGAGUGACAGCGCUGCCGUGAGAGAGCUAAAACACACUGACUCGACUGUUUUCCCACUUGCUCAAGCUUCUCAAGCUUCGAUCAGCGUCCCCGACCAUGGGCAGAUGGCAAUAUUGGCAGGAAUGCCUUCUAGCAACGGUCGUGGCUUCCUCAGCAGCAUCAGCUCCGCCUGUAACUUCUCACACUUGCGUAGCAGUCUCAUCACUGAUGCAUGCCGUGCUAGGUUUCGCAGAUCCUCCUUCAGUUCUUACCUUCCCAUGACUUGCAAAACUUACUUGCUGCAUCUUAGACAACAUUAUUCACGCCAUAGAAUCCUAUCACAGCCGCCAGUUUCUUGCCUCCUUCAUGUAUUGUCAACAGCGAUUCGUUGCAUUUCUUCACGCACUUCUAAGUGUGAUAUCAAAUAGCACCCAAGAGCAUCUCCCGCUGAUCCCGCAUCAAGUGAACGGGACCGAUAAGCCCUGGAUCGGAUGCAGUAACCCACGCGCCAGCAUAUCGGAUUAUGUCGCAGUGUCUGAAUCUCACCAACCGGAUGGACCAGGCUGCACAAUCACCUUGGGACAUCCUGUACAACGAAAAGCGGACUCAAUGCUUGACAGAGAUGCAAAGGAUACGAUUCCGGUCAAGAACGUGGUUGAGCCAGGUCUGAAGCUCACACUGACGAUAACGAACAUAGAGAGAGGAUCUCUGGACUUGCAGAAAUGCCAGAGUAUCUUUGAAGAGCUGAUACUCGAGGGGCCUGGCAACCUUCUGCAGCAGCCGACACUACUCGACCGUCCACUGGCUGCUUUCCCAUUUGGAGAGCAUUCAGACCAAAUUGCAAGCCAGGCCCUCAAACCAAGACAAAUGCAUGAAAUUCCUCCGGAGGAUCAACCUAUCAAGACACUUGCAAGCGAUCCACACUCCCUGGGAUAUCAUGGGAUCCUGGAAUACUUGCUUGGAAAGGAGAAAGGAACGAAGACUUCCAAAAGGGCCAUCGAGCACUCAAAUUCUGUCAUGACUCGCACAGAACACAGAUGUUCAUCCGUGAGUCAGAGCUCUCACAGCCUUGACUCGGAUUGUGAGAACAUAGGUGACGGGCAUAGCUGGAGGAAUACCCAUACAGCAAAAUCCUUCCUGGGCUUUCAGCCAAGGCAGUGCGUGAUAUGCCAUUCCGACACAAAUGUUGUUCGGGUGGACAGACGCCGCCCACAGAAGGCUAAUGAACUCGAUGUGUUCUAUAAGAUAUGCGCAGUCUUCGGGGCGUCAGUCAUGGUGGCAACCCUCCUUUACAUCCUGCGGGAAAUCUACCGACGGCUUCGUGUGCGAUACUUGCUGCUUCGAGGCAGGAGCCAUUGCGAUCAACGUGCACCAAGCAUAGCCAUCAAGACAGGUUGCUCCAAUCCAGCCGAUGAAAUGACAACUCUCAUGCCCGAGGCCUCGCGAGCUUGGGAAAGACCCAGUCAAGCAUCUGAUAUGGUGGGUGCCCAAGUUAGUGUGUCUGAUUCAGCCACCCAGCAGCGAUAUAGGCGGUUCACUCCCUCUCAGCGAAACACCCGCAGGAAAGUUCAGGAUAUCUUUGACUUUGGUUCGUCUCAGGCGUGCAAGAAUAAUUUGACGACAGAGAGGAUUCCUGUGCUUCCACCAGCUGCGAACGCGAGUGUGAGGAGGAACGUCGGCAUCUGGCAGGCUCCCAAAGGACAACGGUGUGCGGUGAACGAGGAAAUGGAGGGCAUCGCGCACAGCAACGCAUUUCUUUUUUAGGAUCGGCGCUAGCCCGGUCUUCUCGAGGAACAGGGAUGUUGACCCAUUCAUACCUGGGAUUUGAAUCUCGUCGGAGAAGAGUCAUGGUGGUCUCGAGAGGCUAUGGAAGUUUGUGGCUGCAAUAGGACUAGCGAGAUUGGCCAGAGACAAGGCCUCGGUUAAUAUACGGGUAUAAGGACAGACCGGCCUCGACUGUAUGCAUUAGGAAUGGUAACUAUCGUCCGUGUGGCCGUUUGUGGUCGCCCCAAUUUGCCCCAGUAGACUUAGGUAGCCCUGUAGAUCCGGAUCUCGUCGAGCGACAUGGGACUGGGGAUAGCCAUCUGUGUCAACCUCGUGGCAUUGAUACGAACCUGAGUGUAGGGUUGGCAGAUGGGAAGAUCUCAUUCGGG